CGCCAUGACACGAGUUUUGCCUAAACGCUUUUAUACCCAGUCCAAGUGCAGACGAUGGUGACUGAUUGAUGAAAUCCCCCAAAGUAUUGAACUGAAACGGUAAGACCGAACAUUCAGCUCGAAGUGUCCCCAACGCCCCUAAAAAGACCUCCAAUUUCUCCAGUCCAGUGAUCCCUUCGACCUCCAAGAGCCCCAGAAACACCCCAGUGACAUCCGCAACCCUCUGAGAGUGCCCCAUCGACUGAGGACUCUACUAGCCGGUUACAAUGUUUGAAGAGCUCCAGUACCUCGACGAACUCAGGAGUAAGAGUUGUAAAAUGGCAGGCGCGAUGUUGUUCGAGCGUGCCCAGGCAGCGUGUAUAACCAAUCGCAGUGAAGGGAUAACUCUUCUGCAUGAAAUUGUAUCGAAUCCUAGUAUUGGCCUCGAUGAGGAAGAUGAGGAGAGCAUUCGCAUCAAGGAGCAGGGUAUUCUCCAGCUGGGAGAGCUCUACAAGAAGGAGGGAAAGGCCAAGGAGCUCGCUGAUCUCAUCAAAGCAACUAGACCAUUUUUGAGUCACAUCAGCAAGGCCAAGGCCGCCAAGCUGGUGAGGUCUUUAGUCGAUUUCUUCCUGGAUCUUGAGGCUGGCAUCGGUAUCGAGGUUCAACUCUGCAAAGAGUGCAUAGAAUGGGCGAAAGAGGAGCGUAGGACAUUUCUCCGGCAAUCCCUGGAGACUAGGUUGAUAGCCCUUUACUUCGACACUGGAAUGUUCAGUGAAGCCCUGCAGUUGGGCUCGGCCCUCCUCAAGGAGCUCAAGAAGCUGGACGACAAGCAGCUUCUCGUUGAGGUACAGCUGCUGGAGUCUAAGACUUAUCAUGCUCUGAGCAAUUUGGCUAAGGCCAGGGCUGCGUUGACCAGUGCAAGAACAACUGCCAAUGCUAUUUAUUGCCCUCCCAAGAUGCAAGCCGCUCUUGAUCUGCAGUCUGGUAUUCUUCACGCUGCUGACGAACGAGAUUUCAAGACUGCUUAUUCGUACUUUUAUGAGGCAUUUGAAGGAUACGACAGUGUCGACAGUCCCAAGGCGCUGACAGCUCUUAAAUACAUGCUCCUGUCGAAGAUAAUGCUCCGCACUCCCGAGGACGUCCAGGCGAUAAUGUCCGGUAAACUGGCGGUGAAAUACGCCGGACGAGAUUUGGACGCUAUGAAAGCCGUUGCAGAGGCUAGUCAUAAACGAUCGCUCGCUGAUUUUCAAUGCGCUGUUAAAAAUUAUCGUCAGGAACUCGAGGAGGAUGUCAUUGUUAGAGCUCAUCUUGGAUCACUUUACGAUACAAUGCUUGAACAGAAUCUUUGCAGAUUGGUUGAGCCAUAUUCUCGUGUACAGGUCGCCCACAUAGCUUCCUGCAUAGCAUUGUCACUUGCUCAAGUUGAAAAGAAGCUCUCCCAGAUGAUUCUCGACAGAAAGCUGCUGGGUGUCCUUGAUCAGGGCGAGGGUGUUCUGAUCGUCUUCGAGGACACCCCACGUGACAAAACCUACGAGAUUGCUCUUGAUACAAUACACAGUAUGGGAAAAGUCGUGGAUACUCUCUAUCAGAAAGCCAAGAAGCUCACCUAGCCCGUUUAACACGAAAAAAAACUUUGUAUUUCAAAAUCUAUUAUAUAUUGCUACUUAUUAAUAAUUAUUAUGAGACUUUCACUCAUUAAAUAAUGCCAAUUGACA